UUCGACGAUCACGCGCCAUGCUGGGAGCCAGGAAGAAAGACGCCGGGACGUCCGGGACGACGGCCAUAGACCCCCUGAGAAACUUAGGAAUCCAGGAGGAUGAGGAUGUGAAGAAGAUGCUGCAGGGCUCCAGCAUGGUGAAGGUUCGCUCCCGACAUCGGCAGAAGCACAGGACUCUGCGGCUGCUGGAGGAUGGAGUCACUAUCUGGUGCCAGUCACACAAAUUAAAAAACCGGGCUAAAGAGCAACAUACCUUCUCCAUCAUGGACGUAGAGUGUGUUCGUGAAGGCUGCCAGUUGGAGACAGUGCGCCACAAGAUGGGCUCAGAAUCCACAAAGCAGGGUUUGACUGUGGUCUUCAAGGGGCCACGCAAGAGUCUAGUCCUCCUGUGUCAGAGCGAGGAGGAGGCCCAGCAGUGGGUCCGUGGCAUCAGGACCCUGCAGGAGCGGAUGGACAAAAUGACCCACAAGGAGAAACUAGACCAUUGGAUUCAUGCUUACCUGAACCGGGCAGACGAGAACCAUGACGACAAGAUGAGCUACGAGGAGGUGCAAAGACUGCUGCGCAUGAUCAACGUGGACCAGAGCGAUCAGUACGCCCGCAGCCUUUUCCAGAAAUGUGAUCGCUCCGCUGAUGGCCGCCUGGACAAUAAAGAGAUUAGAGUCUUCUGCAGGGAGCUGUUACGAAGACCAGAACUGGACGCAAUUUUCAACCACCACUCGGCCGACGGCUUUGUGCUCUCCACUGAUGACCUAAGGGACUUCCUGAAGGAGCAGGAGGAGGACUGCUCUGUGACUCACGCCCAGAGCCUCAUCCUUACCUACGAGCUCAACGAGUGGGCCCAGAAGAGCCAUCUGAUGACCCCUGAUGGGUUUAAUAGGUACAUGCUGUCCAAGCAGAACUAUGUAAUAAAUCCAGAUCACGCCCGGGUCUACCAGGACAUGACGCAGCCAUUGGCUCACUACUUCAUCUCUUCAUCUCACAACACCUACCUUAUCAAGGACCAGAUGACCGGGGACAGCAGCACGGAGCCAUACAUACGAGCUCUGAACCAUGGCUGUCGCUGUGUAGAGCUAGACUGCUGGGAUGGAGAUGGAGGGGAGCCUGUCAUCUACCAUGGACACACCCUGACCUCCAGAGUGCCCUUUGUUGAAGUCAUCAAUACCAUCAAUGAGAACGCCUUCAAUGCGUCCCCCUUUCCUCUGAUCCUCUCUCUGGAGAACCACUGCUCUGUGGAACAACAAGCUGUUAUGGCCCGACACCUGCGCUCCAUUCUUGGGGAGAAACUACUGCAGCGGCCUCUCAGCACAGAGAAGUCCAAAUGCCUUCCUUCCCCAGAGGAUCUGAAGGGUAAGAUCCUGGUGAAGGGGAGGAGGGAGGAGUCAGCAGGGGAGUGUUCCUCCAGUUCUUCAGACCUUAACUCUUCAGAUGACGAGACCAGUGUGGCAGAAGGGAGAUCCAAAAAGAAGAAAGAUGUCAAAAAGGCUGGUGUGUCAAAGCUGAGUCCAGAGCUGUCUGAGUUGGUGGUAUACACUCGCAGCGUUCACUUUAAGGGUUUUGAUCAAGCUGCCAAAAACUCACCGUAUCAAAUGUCGUCCUUCUCUGAGAGAGAAGCACUCAAGCUUAUUAAGGAUUCUGGGGUCCUCUUUGUGCGCCACAAUAGUCACAAGCUCAGCAGGAUUUACCCAUCUGGCCGGCGCCUCCAGUCCUCCAACUACAACCCUCAGCAGAUGUGGAAUGCAGGCUGUCAGAUCGUUGCUCUGAACUUCCAGACACCUGGUGAGCAGAUGGACCUGAACCAAGGCCGUUUUCAGCAGAACGGUCUGUGUGGAUAUGUUCUGAAGCCUCCUUUCAUGUGCCAACCUGACAGCACCUUCAACCCUGAAAACGUUGGAGGAGGCCCCGGUCACAGACCUAUCCUCCUCACCAUUCAGGUCAUUUCAGCUCAGCAGCUCCCAAAACCAAAAAGGGAGAAACCUAGAUCUAUUGUGGACCCUCAAGUUUGGGUGGAGAUUCAUGGAGUUCCUAUUGACAACAACAAGCAGAAAACUCAUUAUGUUAAGAACAAUGGCCUUAACCCACGGUGGAACUGCACCUUCAAUUUCAUCGUCCGUGUUCCCGACUUGGCUCUGGUCCGUUUCAUGGUGGAGGAUCAUGACUAUACGUCAAGCAAUGAGUUCCUAGGACAAUAUACUUUACCUUUCACCAGUAUGCAGUCAGGUCACCGACAUGUUCCCUUGGUUAAGCUGGAUGGGUCCAGCCUUUCACCCUCCACCCUCUUCAUCCAUGUGAAGUUCAGCGCCUGUCUGGAUGUGCUGUUCAGCAGUCCAGGACCAAAGGCUGACAGGAUUAACUAAAGUGGAUGCAAAUUUGUUUUAUGUGCUCAAAGAAGUCCCACUACUAUGCAAAAACUUUUAUCUAUUUUUAUUUUAGUAGUAGGCCUUAUGUUAUCUUAGUUAUGCUUAGAUUUAUCAAAAGAAAGGAAACACUAUUCAAAAUUCUUAAGCUGUAUUGCUGCUGGACAUAUUUGGUGACUUGGGUGUCCAGCAUGUCCAGUACUAUUGUGUUUAUGUCUCAGCAGAAGUUUUGUGAUGUGUGACCCUUUUGGCAGGAGGGCUUGAUGCUUUGAGUCAUAUGGCAUAGCAUCAUGUCUUGACCUUCCUCCAACAUUUAGUACAUCAUCUUAAGGAAUUGGGUUCAACUUGAAGAGAGGGUUGCUUGUCUUCAAAACUUUGUCAUUCCUUAAUGCUAGCAGAGCAGAGGAGCGGCUUCGGGAUGGUGCGUGAUGCAUACCAUGGGUGUUAACAGGAACCCUGUUAACAGGAACCCUGUUAACACCUAUCGGAAUUUGUGUUACUAGUCGUGUCCGGACAAAAUAAAGGCUGAUGUUAUUCCCACAUAUAUACUGUGCCUACAGCAAAGAUGCAAAUUGCGGCAUUGCCCGCACAGAGUUUUACUUCAUCCACGGCUAAAUUUUGUUAGCACGUAUUAGCCUAAUCUUAACCCUGCUUCCCAAGAAUAAAUAAUAAAGCAUAAAGCACUGGCCGCACAGAUUAAAAAAAUUAUUAGUGAACAGGCCCCUAAUAAUAAUCACAAGAAUAAAAGCACAUUUAAAAAAUUGUCUCCUGCAGUUUCCUGCUGGUUUUGCUAUUCAAAGACAACUGCAGCCUCCCUAAACACAGAUUUCACCAUGCUAGACUUGUGCCGUUUGCCAGUAGGGCCAACAACACAGCAAAUAGACUACUGACGUCAUCGCCCCGCCUCCCCCCUGGAAAGGCUGACUGGAAAUGAAUUAUGCUACACUUUUUGUGAGGGGGUGAAAAUGAAAUGCAAUCCCAUCUCUGCAUUUUUGCUUUAACUAUGUCACAGAAUGAGCGGUGUUUAAGUAGAAAAUAAAAAAGCCUUAUGGAGGAUUAA